AUGGCAUCCGACCGCCCUCACAUCGUCGUGGUCGGCGCCGGCAUCGUCGGCGCCUCCAUUGCCUGGCAUUUGACCGCCGUCGAAAACGCCAUCGUCACGGUCGUCGCCCCUUCAGCCGGAAUCGGCGGCACCGCCACGCCCAACUCGUUUGCCUGGAUCAACGCCAACAGCGGAAAUGCACGGCCGUACUACGAGCUGCGACGGCGGUCGAUGACCGUCUGGCACAAGCUGGCCAGCGACGUGCCCGGUCUCGACGGACUGGUGCGCUGGCAUGGCACCAUCCAGUGGAACAAGCCGGCCGACGAGCUGGCUGCAUUUAUCGACGAGCACACGCGCUGGGGCUAUACGUUGGACAAAGUGACCGACGAGGACAUCACCCGACUGGAGCCCGGUCUGUCGGACGCGGCCGAAAUACGUCCUUCCGCUGGGUGGGCCGUGCGGGCACCGGACGAGGGCACAGUCGAGCCGGCGCUGGCAGCUCAGCUAUUCGUGGAGCAGGCCAAGGCAAAGGGCGCCAGAGUUGUCACGAAACGUGUUGCCGAGUUGCUCCGAUCGUCUGGCCACGUUACUGGCCUCGUUCUGGAAGACGGCACUCAGAUCGAUGCAGAGUACGUCGUGUUGGCGGCUGGUCUGGGUUCUGUCCCUCUCUGCGCGUCGGUGGGCGUCAAACUGCCUGUCCAUCCACGGCCGGGCCUUCUGGCGCACACCAAACCCAUCUCGAAGCGACUGCUCAAGGGCAUCAUCCUAUCGGCAGGACCGCACGUACGUCAGACUGUGGAGGGCCGUUUGGUGAUUGGCGCCGACUUUGCGGGCGGAAACGUUGGCAACGAGAGUCCAGAUGAGCAGCGCCGGGACGCCAUCGCCCUCGUUGACAAAGCCAAGACGCUGUUCCGGCCCGAGGACGCGGCCCUGCUGGACCUAGACUUCUUCACGGUAGGCGAGCGACCGCAGCCGCGUGAUGGACUGCCGAUUGUGGAUGCUGCCGUUCUGCCGGGUCUGGCUGUGGCCGUCAUGCAUUCGGGCGUGACGUUGGCGGCGGUAGUCGGCGAGCUGCUGGCCAAGGCGGUUGUGAGACACGACGUCGACCCUAUUUUGGAGGCAUAUAGCAUUAAGCGGUUUGGGGAAGCAGGGUAA